AUGCCGCUGGCCCUGACGUCAAUCAUUCCCUGUGACGACAUUCCCCUCGUGUCUCCACAACGGAUUCCUCCCGUACUGGAAGAGCCCUGCCCAGGGAUGCCUUCCUGGUAUAAACCUCCAGCUCGACGACUGCAAGAUGCACUUCAAGAGUGCGCCGAUCUAGAUCGGGAGCUCAAAGUUCUCGAGACUUCAGGGCACACUCGAGUGGGGGCCUUCGCAAAGCCGUUGGCGAUGAAACAAAAGUCUCGCAAGAACUCCAAGCGCGACAGCACACGGAAAGACAGCAGAGAUUACCUAAAUCCCGAGACUCGAGACGACACGAAGGAGUUCAACGACGACGAUGAUGAAUCCUCGGACCCAUUCAUCAACCAGUUCUACGACGAGCAAGGACGGACUUUGUCUGAGCAACUUUUACGCGGUCGGAUGCGCGUAUUGGCGCUGGUGAAGCUCGUGCACGGGCAACACCACGUCAGUAAAGCUCAAGCGGAACUGGAGCUCGGAGAGGCUUACGCACGAAUGAACCUCUGGAAACAGGCGGAGCUGCAUGCUUCAUGCGCUGCCAAUUUACUUCGAGAGAUCGAGAUCGAAACGCAAAAGGAGCGAGGAGCUGGGACUAAAACUCCAGGCGGACAGAAAGACUCUGGUAAACUGCUACAGUUGGCGCUAGAAUUCUUCUACAAUGCUCAGAGCGAUGAAGCUACUCGAGGACGCGUGGAAGUUGAGGAGCUGCUGGAAAGUUUGAACAAGGAUGCCGAUGCAGGAAGUCGUAACCAGCUUUUGGCUGCGGUCUUUACGCGUGACGUUCUGGAGAAAGCUUUCGGAUCGGAGCAAACUUUGCACUGGCAGCAACUGCUGCUGAGGCUUGAAGAGCUGAGUGAAGAACUUCACCAACACAUCACGUUCGUAUCCGCUCGGUUGCCUCCAGGCGUGGCUCAAAUGUUGAACGCGUUGUUUGUAUCUCUUGAUACAGCAGAAGACGGCAUCGUCCCGUUCCACACGUUCCUCGAUCGUCUCCAGACUGCAAGCGCGGACUUCAGCAACCGUAAAUCGUCCGCUGCGUCGUACAUCCAAGGGCUCUGCUCCACUCUGCAGCGCGUACUCAACCGAGUGAGCUACCACUCGCUCACGUGGACAGAAGUUCUCACGCUGGGGGCGAAUGGGAAUAUCCGACUUCCUACUAAUGCUGAGGGCUCCGAAUCUGACGAUGACAGUCCUCCAGUCUUACUAGCAAGAGUGAAGCUGCUGCUCAGUCGCGUUUAUCUUCGCCGCGGACAACUCGAAGAGGCCGUGCGCUAUGCCCUAGUGGCAGUAGUAGCAAGGGAGAAAGAUAAUCCGGACAGCAGCGACUUGGUGCAGUUCUACCUUGUAGCCGCUGAGGCUCAGGCGAGGCGUGGACGGCAGCUCCGUGUUCUCGGGCAACAAGCGCGUCGUGAUCGCGCUGAACGCUGGUUGAAAACGACCGAAGGCUCUCGUCAUCUGCGAUCUCGCGCGCUGGAAGAGGUUGAGCUUGCGAGUGGCAGUGGGGAUCCAUUGUUAUCGAAGAAAGACGCUGAGGCUCGAGCUAGAACGGCCUUGAUUCAAGAGCUUACGAUCUCUCCCCCUGUUUCAACGCUGAGUACCAAUCACCCAGGCAGCGACUACGAGGCUUCCGCUCGUUCGCUAAUGGAUGAAGCGCUGGAGAAUUGCAGUAAGGCUUGGGAGCUUCAGGAACGCCACUUUGGUCGAGAACAUGUCACCACAGCAGCAGUCCACGUCGCUCUGGCACAGGUUCACCUUCUUCGCAGUGGAAACGAGGAUCGAACUACCAGCUCUGAGGAGGCGAAGGACGCAAUUACGGAGGCGAUACGCUGCUUCUCAGCGGCGAUUGAUAUCUACGAGAACGCGUGCAGUGGAGCUGUGCCAGCCUCAGCUUUUCUUCACCUCGAGCUGGCCAAACUGUACCAGCAGGAUCAACUCAAACAGAAUAAGGCGCGCGCCAAGUACGAACUCGUCGCUCGAUUCUUCGCCACGUUCUCCACCGAGUUCGCAGGCUCUGAAAGUACGAAGCGAGAGUGCUCCGCCUUGGUGUUGGAUGCUUUCAGACAAUGGCUGACGCUCAGUCGGAACGACCUCAACACUUCGCUCGAGGAUCAGCGCGUAGUUCUCUCUGAGAUGUACGAUGUCAGUGUCAAUGGCUAUGGAGAAUUCUCGCUAGAGGCUUGUGAAAGUGCAGCGGAACUUGCACGUAUGCUGCACCGAAUUGCCACCUCAAGAGAGAGUCAACGAUCUCCUUCAAGUGAGAACCACGACAAGCUACGCACCGCUACCAAGUUACUCCGAACCGCGACUUACAUCGCCGAAAGCCUGUUGGGUGCUAACGAUCGUCGGUCGUGCAAGCUCCGCAAAGAUGCAAACGAGAUCGAGACACAGAUGCGAUCAAUGCUCGCUGGAGGACAGGAAGACGGCGGUGGAGGCCACGAGUGGCUCACCAUCUAA